AUGGUGAGCCAUGCCGAUCUCCCGGCGCACAUUGUCACCAUGCUCCAGCAGCACUGCCCAUUUGUUUUCACACACCAGUACACGAUCGAUCCCAGUCCCCACCGCUUCCUGGACCUGUUAGAGAUAUUUGCCGGGGCCGGCCGCCUGAGCAAAUCUGCCGAUGCGGUUUCCGGGCUUGAAUGGUUUGCGGUUGUGUCUUUGCUGCUACUCAUCAUGAUGUUCUCACCAACUCCAUAUCUUCGAAGGAAGCCUAUGCAACUUGCUGGUUCGGAUGAGUUCAUGUUGCAGUUUCUGGAACGCGCAACGCAGCGCUUAGCAGUGCGUGGAGAUGACGGGCGCGCCUGGCGCGGCAAGGCUGGAGUCAUGAAGGACCUGGACCAUCGUGUUCAGCAGGUUGAUGUCGUGGAUCUCCUCACGCAGACUGGCCGUCGGCAUGUGCCAGCAGUCCAUCGUAUUACUGUACCUCCUGGCCCUCCUGCUGUUGCUCCUGUUGCAGCUGUGCCAAUGGUGAUUGACAUCACAUCAGAUGAUGAUGGUGAUUUCGAGAUGGUGGAUGCGGAACCUCGCCAGUGCCGGCCAUCUCUUCCAGGAGAUGCAGAAAGCAAAGGUAAAGACAAGAAGGACAAGAAAGCUGAACAGAAGAAGCGCAAGAAGCGUAAGACGACUUCAGAGUCGGAAAGUGCAGACGAGGAAGUCCACGAGGUCGAUAGGCAAUCCUUCUUCAAGAUAACACCCAAGGACAUGCAACGGGGACAAGGACAGAACAAACUCGAGGAUUUGGGCAUGAAGCAACUUGCUUAUUGCACGUGUUCGCUGUACGACUUUGUGCUACCGUCGGAUAUCAUCGAAGUUGGUGGGGAGUGCGAAGCUCUUCUUCUCGAGUCAGCUCAGCGCUUUAAGCGUCAGAAGGACAAGGCGAAUGAGAGUGCGACUGUGCACAAGGCCAAAGCUGCAGCCAAUCUCUGGAGAAAGAGGCAGCUUGGACACAGCAAAGAGAAGCUCAUGAAGUCCUACGAUCAGCUCAUGGUGGAAUUGAAGAAGGAUGACCCUGUUGUGUUUUGUAGUUUCCUCCUCUCAACAUCUCAGCAGCAGACACUAGCCAUACGUGCCAUGUCUUCAUCCUCGCAGCAAGAGCUGGUUGAUGCCAUUGUGGCUGGUGUUGGACGCCUGGUGGCACCCACGGCUUGGGAGGUGGAGAUGCGUGAGAGAGAGGUGAUCAGACGUGAAACCCAGCUGGAGGAGCUGGAGCAGGAACUCAAGGACAGAAGAAACGUCUGGCUGAGCAUGACGAGCAUCGUUGUUAUUUGGAUGAUGGUUCGAUUGCUUUGCACCAUCACACUUGCUACCAGUGCCAUGAGCAGUGGAGGGCUUUGUCUACUGGGGGUUGCAAACAUGGAUUCCCUCACAACGCCGCCGGCCUUGACUCCGGAGUUCCUUCAGCUGCUGAAUCGGGCUUUGACGCAGCCGCCGCCCGCUGUACCUCCGCCCCCGUCGGUGCUGCCGCCAAUGAUGCCGCCAUCUAUGUUGCAGGCCUGGGAGCAGAAUCGGCUGCAGAGGUUGGAAAACCAGCAGUCCCAGUUUGCACUGGCUGCAGCACAACAGCUUCUGCAGGCCUCCUCAACACAAGGCCCUGCCAAUCCUGCCCAGCAAGUGGCUGCAGCACCUACGCCCUUGAUGACCCAGAGCACGCAGCAAGCAGGGCAGCCAACGCAGCCCACACAGAACCCGCAGCCGACGCCGCCCACGCAGCCCGUGCAAGCUGCUGCUGAAGGGGCAAAGACGCCGUGCAAGGACCGCUGUCCGGAAGAGGGUGGUCGAGCCAAGGAAGCAUCGACUGCAGCUCCCGGCAAAACACUGCGGCGAGUGGGCCAUUUCGACAUGGACAGUGGGGUUGUCGAGCUGUUUGCACGCUUCAUCCCGCGUGAGGAGAUCGAGAAGAACCUCAAAGCCAAGAGGCGCAACCAGGACGAUGAGGACCGUGCACGCUCUACGCGCAAGAGGUCUCCGGAGCCAGACUCUUCUGCUGACCGGGGCCGUGACAAACAUCGUCGACGUGAAGAUGACUCACCACGUAGGGAGAGGAAAAAGCCUGAAGAACGUGAAGAAGAGCCCGUUGUGAUCGCCGAAGAAGAGGCGGUGGAGACGGCGCCCGGUCGUGAGGCCGACGUGGACGUCAAGCAGCUCGCCUCCGUCAAGGAGCCUGCGAAAGAUUCGGAGCUGGCAACUCCGAAGAAGCAGAGGAAGCCCAAGGCCAAGUCCGCAGGUGGUAUGCGUCGUCGACGCAGAAGAGUGACCCCGCGCAAGAUAGAUUUCUCGGAGCACAAAUCCGACAAGAAUGCCUCGGACAAGGAAGAAGAGGAGCACCGUUCACCUUCUUGGCCUGUGGACUCUGGGUCACAGUCUGAUGGGGGCGACGACGACCUCUUCAAGGGUCAAUUUGCCAGACCGUUGGCAGACAAAAACAGAACGUCGCGCAAGUCUGCUGCUUCGUCCCGGAAGAAGCAGCGUCGGGACAAGAAGGAGCCGGACGAGACCGAGAACCAGGAAUCCGAGGAGUCCGAAGUCGCGAAGAGCCAGGAUGGAACUGUAGAUGACAAGGGUGCCACCUACCGAGGCAAGGAGGAGAACCGGGACGCGGAAGAAGUCACAAAUCUCAUGGGUCAGAUAGACGAUGAUCUGGCCAGUAUCCUUCCUGCUGGUGCAAGUCGGUCAGACUUGAAGCUUUUCAUUAACAUCCUCAUUGAGGAGGAUAUUACGACGCUGGAAGAUGCAGUGGAUCUUCUUUCCAAUAUUGAAGGUGACAUUCUUGAUCACAUGGGCCAGAAUGCUCGACUUUUCGCAAACAAUCUGACACUCAAAGGAAAACGGCUCCUGAAGCAGUGGCCUGUGCUGCUCAAGGCCAGCGACAUACGCGUUCUGGAUGGGACACAGCGUUCUGCAUCGACAGGCCAUCCAGAACUCUCUGGCCUGGGCCCGGAAUGGAGGACAGAAGAUGCAGGGGAGAAGCAGAAGCUCAAGGAAGCUUUUGAUGUCCGCGUGGUCUACUUUGAUGACAGAAUACUCACUGGAAGUGUGGUCAGACUUGCUUCCGGUGACGUUCCUUUGCCCACGCCAGAGGCCCUUUUGAACAAGUACAGGGCACAAGCUGCAAGAGCCGGCCUCCUCAUCCGACCCAACUUGAACAUCAAGUUGGGUGUGAAAGAGAGUGAAAGAGAGGAGGCAGAAGCUGAGAGGAAGGAGAACAUGACCAUGCAGAUGUCCGAGUCUUGGGCCAUCGACUUCGAACUGCACAUCCCGAGAAAAUGCGGAUACAAGGGCUCGCAGGUAAAGGUGAACGAACAAGCUGUCCGUUUAUCCUGCGAUGCGGUCACCAAUCUAGGAGCCCUGUUCAUGGCCUUCCGGCUGCUUCUAGCUGUCAGCGUUCUACAAGUCAAGGGCUGCAAGAACAACCUGAAGAAGGGAACGCAGAGCGUCCUGGACCUCAUGAUCGCCAAUGCCUGCCACGUGAGAUUCCGCGAACAUCACGUUGACUUGGUGGAUUGGGAAGAUUGUUUGACCUACUUGGGAUGGUGGCAGAGGUGGAAAAGAAACAAGAACCUGAGUCAUCAGCAGAGAAGCCUGACGGCAGGAGUCAAGCUGUCUGUGGUCGUCUUCUUCGUUAUGCGCAUGGGCUUCGAAGAGCUGUGUGCUGAGGACAUACCAGUUGGUCGAGUUCAGAAGCGGCUCCUGCACACGCUGGCACAGCACAUGGAAACCAACAUGAAUGACAAGCUACUAGAUGAGCUCCCGGUGCUAUCAGGUAUGAAGUUCAAGUCCAUCAAUGUGCUGUGCGACACAUCCCCGAAGGGGCGCAUGGAUGAAUUUGAGCUGCAAGCAGUGGAGUUGUUCGUGCCCAUCAUUGCUGUGGACGAGACGGUGGUCUGCUGGGUUCUGCAAAAGAUGUCGGACUUGAAUGCCAGCACAGCGGCGACGGAUGUGAAACUGGAGGAGUUGCAGAAGGUUACAGACCACAUCUCUGCAAAGAUGAUAGAAAAAGAGUCAGUGAAGACAACGACGUCCAAGCUGCCGAAGACACUGGCCAAGAUACGCCAGCAGCGAAUCGCUUCCAAAGAGCAGCUACGUGCCUUGAUGCACGUUCUUUCUCUGUGCGACGUCACCCUGCGAAUGCCUGAAAUCUCUCUGGAUGCCGUCAAUCCUGCUGAGAAUGAACGCAGAGACAAGUACAAGGGCAGACCCUUCAUCACGAACUUGUCUACUGGUCAGUCGCGUUGGAUUUCGGCAAUGGACGGGGAUGACUACAACCGACUGGUCUUGUCCCCCGACGAGGGAGGGCCAUUGUACACGGCCUGGCGUUUUGUGCGAAUGCACUGUCUCACGCAGUGGGCCAUGCGGGCACGCAAGUGCCCUUGGAACACGCACAAGAUGGAUUCCGCUUUGAAGGCUCACGCGGAUGAUCUGUUGCAGCAGCUGUACGCAGAAGACAUCUUGGCUGAGAACAAGAUUCCGUACACGGAUGACAUGCAGCUGAACUUCAAGAAUGUGGUUGAGAUUUUGCACAAAAUUUUCAGGAAGACCGGGGCAUUGCACGAGUACAAGCGGUGGUGCAGUUGGGGCUUAACAGCCCGCUCCUUUCAGUACACUGGCACUCUUCUUGCCAUGCUGUGGUCAGCUAUGGAAGAAGGGAGAAACCCGUUCACUGAUCCGACGCCGAGCACCAGCCAGCAGUCUUCGCAGUACGAGCGUGCGUUACUUGAUGACAACGCCCGCGCUCUCUACGAGGCUAUGCAGCCCUUGUGCGAUCCGUUCUGCGACAUGACCUUGGCUCUUGUGGAUACGAACGCCAAGAUGAUGAAGAAAUGGGACAUGAUGAUCGCAGGCCACAAAAAGCAGGUUGAUUAUCGCUUCGUGAAAGAGAACUUCGACCAGUUUCUCUCCAGCUCUUCAAGCGACAUAUCACCGCCAGUGACGCCACGCAUUGUCGAGAACACACCAAAGAGAAAGCGAGAGGUUAUCGCCAAGAAAUGGCGUUGCAAGAUCAGGUCGCUUUAUGCUCAAAUGUGUGGGCCAGUUCGUGUGGAGGUGGACCGCGAAAUGUACAACCCAGCUCUGAAACCCGCAAAGGUCUUGCAAGUCUCCGCAAGUCUGUGCGACACUGAUGAUCAGCUUCUGACGGAUUACGUCAAUGCAUGGACUACGUCCUUGUUCGAACUUCAGAUGUACUCGAUAUAUUUGCGGACCUGCCCGGCAAAGCUUGCGCUUCUGGUUUUGGACCCGGCGGAAGAACCUUCCGUCAAGAUUGUACAGAACAAGGUCUUGAUGGAGUGCAGGAAAGAAUGGGAGACAAUCUUGAGUUUGGAAGAGAACGCAAACCUCAAUGGUGUUCUCCGACAACUUUGCCCGCACACACGAUAUCGCUGUCUGCGUGAACCACUCACGUGUCUUGAGCAGACUGAUUUUGUUGUGACUGAAGAUGCAAAGUUGAUGAUUCUGGCCUGGUAUCCGAAAGUUGCACACUCGGCUAAUGUGGAGGGCAUCUUUAACUCUUUGGAGGACACCAUCAAACGCUCGAUGAAGAGCAACAACCCAAGCCUUCCGAACAUUCAGUGUUCUGCAAUCAAGGCCGUGAACCACAAACUUUGUCAGGGAGAAAACGCUGCCAGCAGCAUCAGUUUGGGCCCACCAGAUUUUGAGGGCAACGAGAUCCGAUGCAUUCGUCCGAGCGUGUUCAGGCCGGAGUCCUAUCAGGGAAGCAACUCUCCUGGUUCUUUGUUUCGAAUGGAGGACAUUUUGAAACCGUUCGGCAGCACCUCUGCGUUUUACCACAACAAAGUCAACUUGAACUAUCUCAGAGGGAUGGACCCCGUGCAGUGCUACCAGAACUUCUGGGUGGCGGGCAUGGUGCAGAGGGGUAUGUUGCUGAAAAUGGAUGGCGAAUGGCUUCUCGCACUGGGAUGCACUCCGGCCCUCAUGUACGCUGUGCAGCUAGAAGAACUGGAUCUUAUGUUCUUGGGCGCCCUGCCGCCUGUGAAAACUGAUGAGAGGAAAAUCCCGAACGUGGAAACGACAAGCAGAAGAAGGGACCCGCUGCAGAAUGGAGAGCAAGUGAAAGCUUUGAUGGUCGAGGUCUUCGACUACACUCUGCAUUCCGCUUGCAGCCGUUUGACAGCAAAGCUGGACAAUACUCUUCUAUUUCGAAGGAGUAUGUCUGGACACACGCUGCUGACAAGCCUGAUGCGAGACAAAACAAUUCUGAAGGUGAACAGCGAUGUUCUCACCAAAUUGUUAGACAACUGCGGAGUUCGUAUACGGAGGAAUUCCACCAAAUCGGCAAAGAUCAGAGGACUGAUGCGCCUCCCGGAGGUCACCGCCUUUUGCAGACCGGAAGAAUUGGAGGACCUUGAAAAGGCACUGGAGGAACAUGACAAGAGACGUAGAAAGAAAAGGGGGGGCGACAACGACGAUGGAGAUGAAGAUGAAGAAGGGGAGGCAGACGCAAUGAACAUGGAAGAGACAGAUCCGGCUGUGGAGCUGGCGCAGCAGAUGCUUCAGGCCAUGGAUGACGAAGAGGACAUUGAUGAGGACCCGGAGAAGAAGCCGGCAGAGGGGCAGGCCGAGACAACGAUUUUGGCUGAGCCUGAGAAUGCUGGAACAGCAAACGAGGCUUCGUCGAGCUCCCAGGCCCCACAGGCAGCAGUGGAGGAGAGAACAAGAGAGAGCCGACAGACGCUUUCGAGAAGCACUGCAGUUCCGGCCUGGUUGUACGACCACUAUGACAUGCCCAGGGAGGUGGAAGAAGCGAAAAUAGAUACGCGGGCAACAAGCAUCGAGCUGAUGACCGCCAGAGAUCGGUCGAUGCUGCAAGCCUGGUACAUGCUGUUUUGUUGGUCUUGCGAGGGCCUGAAGAACAAGAGGAAGGGCGAUACCUUUAGCUGGCCCCGCUACCUGAACACCGUCGGGCUCCUCGUGAUGUUUGGCUAUCUGGCCGUUUGCAUGGCCCUGUCUCGGCCCAUCCACUGUCUGUCGAACCCGAAUGGCACUCAGAGCAUGAAGUCCUUCCCUGCGAUGAUCUGCUGGACGGAUGCGCACAUCAUCUCAGCUGUGCAAUCCAUCUUCGGUCUGCUUGUAUUUGGCUGCGGAUUCCUCGCCUACAUCAUCCAGGUGGUCUGGCGCUACCCCACGCUGGUGGAGACUGGACAUGGCCUCAAGCUCCUAACGCAGUACCACUUCCUGUUCAACCGCUUCGGCAGCCACGCCUACUAUUGGGGUCCCUACUUCAUUUCGCAGAAGCUGUUCGUGGCUGUGGUACCCAUUGUCUUCGCCGACAGCGCGAUUGUGCAGAUCAUGCUCCUGUCCCUUCUCAUGGUCAUCUACCUGUCAUCCUGCUGCCACGUGAAGCCCUGGGCGACGUACCUCGCCAACCUGGCGGACGUGUUCUUGAACAUCGGCCUGCUGCUGAUGUUGCUGAUCGCCGCAUUCCUUGCAGACUCUGCCAGCCUUGAUAGCAGGAGCAAGCUGAGCGUCAUCCUCGUGAUCAUGCUUGUUGCGAUAAUGUCGGGAAUCGCUCUCCUGGCCAGCUUCGCGUUGAGCAAGAAGCUGUUCCCGGGCAAAAUGUAUGACUACUUCCUCUGCCAUCACAAAGCAGGUGCAGGGACCAUGUGCCGAUGGAUGAAGGGCGAGAUGCUGAAGCAGUCGCACCGUGUCAAAGUCUUCCUCGACUCGGACGAGCUGGAGGGCUUGGCGGACAUCGGCGACAUCGUCAAAAGCCAGACCGGGACGCUGGUCAUCGUCGCCACGAAGCUGGUGCUGACCAGACCAUGGUGUGCUGUGGAGAUCACGAGCGCGGUCAACAACAAGAUUGAGAUCGUGAUGGUGGAGCUGACCACCUUCAGCCAUUACGACGAGGAAGGCUUCGCAACCCUGCGCGAAGGCUGGGGCAAUGCAGACAUCAUGAUCUUUGCCCAGAAUGCGAUCAACCCCGGCAUCGUGGAGGAGUGCUACCGGAAGCUGCCGUCGACGACACGGAUACCCUUUGAUCCUGCCGGCACCUUGCGAACGCACCAAGAAGCCGUGGCCAAAAUCCUGCGGCUGUCGAUUGCAAAUGCGCACAAGGAGACCGAGGACGAGGCCGACAUCGUCAUCCUUGGUGCCAUUAGCAGCUCUGAAGGCAGGUUUACCUGCCAGGUCUUGGCGGACAUGGUCAUCCACCGAACUACCAAGCACGCGGUGCUCGUGUGCAGUCCAGAGGAGGCUAUUCACGCCGGAAAGACGGCGAAGUACAUGUUGGUGGUCUUGAGCGGCGGCAUCUUGCAGGAUGAAGCCUUCUUGGCCAUGCUCGAGGCCGUGGACACGGCUUUCAACCAGGAGCUGGAGAUCGUCAGCGCCAUCGCUGACCAGAGUUUCGAGUUCCCUUCCGCCAAGUAUUUCCAGGCGUUGGUUGACAAUGGCUCCCACGUCCUCGAGCAGUCAGUGCUUGGAAGGUUUGUAGUUUGGGCUCUGAAGUUUCGGGACUUGGAGCUUGUAGGUGGAAGGGGAUUUGUGCGAGUAAGGAUGGUAUCCUCGUUUUUCUUCCAGAGGCUCGAUUUUGAGUCUGCGAUUGCAACGUUUUCUGGUUACAUCUUCCCGCAGGCUCAGCAGGCGGUCACCGCGCCCGUGAGACAGAAAGAGGCGGUGGAGGAGAAGACAGAGGCCGCCACGCUGAGCCUUGGUUGCCAAGCGCACGACCAGGGGCCCCGGAUGUUUUUGGCCUGGAAGUACCUGAAAGAGGCGUCUCGGCUCCGGAAGGAGGUGUGCGGCGUCGUUGUGUCGGACGACGUGCUGACCACGAACAUGUGCCAACUCUUCGGGCGUUCCAUCGCCGCCAAACAUUUGUUUCCGAUGGCCAGGGUGGACCUCGCUGGGGGGCUGCGACCUGCGCUUGCGGGCUGCGUGCGCGAGCUCCUGCUGACAGUGGACACGCGGAAGAAGACCCCAGGAGCACUACGGAAAGAGCUUGAAAGCGACGUGGGCCGCGAGCUGUUGGCGUCCCUCCGGCGGGCAGCUGCGACCGCAGCGGAGCUGCUGGGGACCACGUGGCGAGAGGUUUUCAUCGACUAUUCCGACCGCACAUUGAUUGAAGAAGUGCUGGUCCGAGGUCUCGGCCUGCCCAGCUCCGUCGCCCGGCGCGCGCUGCCGCAUCUCUGGAAGAACGCCCCGAUGUACCUCUACAUGGCGCACCUCUCGAGGACGGAGUACCUCCUGCACUUUGACUCGGACGUGAUCCUGGACCACAUCUACCCCAAGAGUGCCAGCAGCGCUUCCCAGUGGUUCACAGCUGCAGGCUCCUAUCUUCAGAACAGCUCGGCGCUGCUCGGUCUUUGGGCAGUUGGCUUCGAGGACUGCAGCCCCUAUCCCAAAGGGACUGUGGACUUGCUGAUGCCGCUACUCCCGCAGAACCGCGGUGGAGUGAAAGCCUCCGAGUUCGACUCCUUUCCUGGCCGCUGCAUCGACAGGGCGACGGGGAAGCUGCAGCACGUGCACCAGGGAGACGAGGCCAAGGACGCCGCAGCCUGCCAGGAAAUGUGCCGCCACGGCUGGAUGCGCUGCGCUGGCUUCGAGUGGCAUGGGAAACCGUCGGGCGGGAGGUGCGUGCACCUGUGGGCCAAGCAACUGGGCCAUGAACCCACUGCCAGCUCCAACGUCACCUGCUUCGUGGGACGCAAGCCUCGCAACCCACGGGAUCCGCACCACCGCCCGCGGCCGCGCGGGGCGAUCUACCUGCGCAUGCAGCGCUACCAGAUGCGAGGACCUUUGGCGAUGCUCCGCUCUCUCCU